CAAAUAUCCAUUAAAUCAAAAAAAGUCGGUCAUUGAGCAAAAAUUCACGCGUGUUUUCUUUUUCAAACGGAUAUCUAGGAAAAAGUGAUGAAAAUUUACUCCUCUACACGGCACGUGUUGCAUGUUACAUGCAAUAAUGGAUUUUUAAUUAAAAAUAAAACCAGGUAUUUAUUAAUUAACCUGGCAAAGAGUUUUGCAUUUUUCAUUUGUACAGCGUACCUGUAAGUUGCCAUCAUGCGGAUUAAAAUGAAGAUUUUUGUGCUCGUUUGUGUUGUUACUUGUGGAUUUUGUGAGACAGAGCAGGACGAGAAUAGAGGAUUACAUGUUUUCGGACGUACUAUUAACGAGUGUUUGAAUGCUAAUGAAAGAUACGCAUGUUUUGCUGAAAAAGUAGCAAGAGCACUGGAAAAAUCCAUGGAUUGGAACAUUGAAAUUAUGGACGGCGUGACGCUCCAAAGAAACAAUGAAACUGUAAACCAUCGACAAGCAAGGUUAUUAGGAUUCAGUCGCCUUAGCCAAUCAAUCCAGAACUUCUUCCAGACCCAUGUAAUUUCUUUAGAGCUUGGAGGUGCAAGGCAACUUCGCAGAGGUGAAGGAGGAGGAGGAGGAGGUGGCUUGGGCUUUGAAGGAGGAAUGAAAGCUCUGAGAAAAGAAAAGAAAUAUAUGUCGUAUGCCUUUAUGGUUCUGUUAGGUAUUUUUGGUUUGACCGGUCCCUUGGUGAUGAAAGUCCUGGCCCUAAUGGCAGCCAACGCCCUACUAGCAGCAAAAGCGGCCCUAAUCAUUGUUGGAUCAGUAGCACUCAAAAAGCUGUUCGAGAGAGACCACCAAGAACCUGCAGUAAAAGUGCACACCAUUGCUCAUGAUGAAGAAGAUUACGAUCACGAUCGGAUAAGUAAAUAUGGAUACUCUGGAUACGCAUAUGACGGAACAUAUAACAAGAAUUAUCCGUACAGUGGGUAUUAUGAUGAUUAUUAUAAAAAUAACGUGGCGAAGAAUAGUAAUGUGAAUUUACGAUGAUGAUGUAUAGGAAAUUGUAUUUGUUUAUUGAAAUAAAUUAGUUUUUAAAUUGUAUUUCAUUUCUAAAGUUUUACCCAUCAGGGACUCAAAAUACUGUUUCUAGCUCUAGCACCAAUGUUUUACUCUCAGUAGAAAAAAUAGUCUAAAUUCUAAAUUACGUAACCUUCUUACUAAAACGAUGAAAUUUCGAAAUUUUUUUUUCUUGAGAUUUUGUAUCCUAAUGGUCAAUUAACAUCCACCAAACCCCAUACACUGAAUUAUUUUCAGAGAUUGUAGUCCGUUUAUUGAGAUAAGAUUCAGUGAAAAUUUCAGCUUUCUAUCUAUACCGUACACUGGGGUUUACGUUGCCUAAAGGGGUAAGUUUGCCAAGCAAUGCGUCUAUUAUAAAAAUAAAUGUUUUUACGUGAAAGUGGCAAUAUUGCAAGCCUAGUAAACACUUUCCGUUCUCCGUUAGAAGCCGGUGCAUACAUCCCGCGCUUUUGUGAGUGGCAAACAAACCCAGUUGAAACUCUAUAAGAUAUUUUUUAUUUUGCCAAAAUUGUCAACUUUCAGAAGCUCUGCUAUACUAAGAUGUGUACC